GAAGGGGAGAAAGACCCCAGACCUGGAAGGAGAAGGAGAGGAGAAAAGGGGAGCUGGAGGCUGGGAGGCUGGGCCAAUGAGCCUUUUAACCAGCGCCAGGCAGGCUGUGCCGGACACCAGCUCUGGACGCAGUGCUCGGCCCCUCUGUGGUCCUGACGGCCGCCAGCCCGGCCAGCAUGCAGCAACAGCCCCCGCCUGGGCCCUUGGCCCCUGCAGCCGAGCCGACCAAGCCUCCUUAUAGCUACAUCGCUCUGAUCGCCAUGGCCAUCCAGAGCUCACCGGGACAGCGGGCCACGCUCAGCGGCAUCUACCGCUACAUCAUGGGCCGCUUCGCCUUCUACCGCCACAACCGGCCCGGCUGGCAGAACAGCAUCCGCCACAACCUGUCGCUCAAUGAGUGCUUCGUCAAGGUGCCCCGCGAUGACCGCAAGCCAGGCAAGGGCAGCUAUUGGACACUGGACCCUGACUGCCAUGACAUGUUUGAGCACGGCAGCUUCCUGCGCCGACGCCGACGCUUCACCCGGCGAGCAGGUGCGGAGGGAGCCAAGGGCCCUGCCAAGGCCCGCCGUGCACCCCUCGGAGUGGCCAGCCAGGACCCAGGAGUCCCUGACUCCGCAGCUGGCAGGCGGUGCCCAUUCCUGCCGGAGCUGCCAGAGCCCAAGGGGCUAAGCUUUGGGGGUCUGGUAGGGGCCUUGCCAGCCAACAUGUGUCCUGCAGCCACUGAGGCCAGGCCUCGGCCACCCGUGGAGCCCAAAGAGAUGCCCAGACCUAAGCCUGCGGGCCCAGUUGAGCUCCCGGGGGGCCCCUCAUCUCCCCCAUGCCCAGCAUACGGCUUUCCUGCCAGCUUCUCUGAGGCUGAGGGCUUCAGUAGGGCCCCCACGCCCAUCCUGACCCCGGAGGCGGGCGUUGGGAACAGCUACCAGUGCCGGCUGCAGGCACUGAAUUUCUGCAUGGGGACUGACCCCGGUCUUGAACACCUCUUGGCCUCAGCAGCCCCCUCUCCUGCACCACCUACCCCUCCAGCCUCACUCCGUGCCCCGCUGCCCCUGCCAGCUGACCCCAAGGAACCCUGGGUUGCAGGCAGCUUGCCUGUCCAGGGAGGUGCCAGCUACCCACUGGGGCUGACCCCCUGCCUGUACCGAACACCGGGAAUGUUCUUCUUUGAGUGAAGCCAGCCUGGUCUCGGGCAGUGCCUGCAGGGCCCCUGCCGACGGCACCCUCUGGGGUGAGCCUGACUCGAGGAUCUGGGGCGCCCUCAAGGGACCCACGCCUGGCAAGCCAACGACAGCUGGGAUAGGAAGCCAAGAUCGGAGUAGCACAUAUGCAGCCAGCCCCCAGGGCCUCUGGACAGACUGGAGGGAGAGGGGGGGCAGGGUCCCCUUGGGAUUUCCUCUGUGGCUUUCAGGGCCAAUAAAACCAAUAUGAUGAUGA